AUGACUAUUAAGUUGGUGGUGGGUGAGUGUACUUUAAAUGUCGUUAGCGCGUACCCGCCGCAAGCAGGCUUGGAUGAGGAGAUUAAAAGGCGCUUUUGGGAGGAGUUGGAUGAGAUCGUUCGUAGUAUCCCGCCUUCCGAGAGGUUAUUCACAGGAGGAGAUUUCAAUGGUCAUAUUGGGUCGUCUGCAGGUGGUUAUACUGAGGUGCAUGGCGGCUUCGGUUUCGGGGAGAGGAACGGAGGGGGCACUUCGCUGUUGGACUUUGCCAAGGCAUUCGAUGUAGUGAUUGCGAACUCAAGUUUUCCAAAGCGGGAGGAGCAUUUGGUUACUUAG